AAUACCUACCAACAAUGAGCCAAACGAUUGUCCAAUCGAAGUGAUCGGCCCUUGACGCCCUUAGCGAUGGCCAUCCCACUAGCACCGCAGUGGCUACGACACCAGCCAAUCUCUCAGUCGCCCACGUGUUGGGUUCAACCACCCCGUGUGGUGGGGCGGCUGCGCGUACGCAUUGCGUGACGCCAACACCGCCAGUGCGUAGCCGACGCUCGUCGACGCCGUGUCAUUACGGUUCAAACUUCAAUUUGUUCCAAACGAUAACAUGUUUCAAUCGGUACCAUGCUUCAAACGUUCAAAUGUUCCAAACGCAACAUGUAUCAAUCGUGCGCAGUGUUUUAUCUCCUCGGUUACACAAAGUUCAAUGUUGCUGCGACAAUUCGUGCAGAUGAUGUCCGCGGCGGGGGGCGAGCCGAUGCUGCGCCGUGUCAAGCAGGAGGCCGAGCCGCCGCCCCAGUACUCGCCCGACCCACAUGCCGACCACCCGCUGCACCGCAGCACGCACAUGGUCCACGCGCCACAGUUUUCCACCAUCCAACAGCUGGAACUCGAACCUAAGGAGGAGGUGAAGUUUUGCGUGUCCCCGGAGAGCGGGGCGGGGGGCAACGCCAGCCCGGAACAACAGCACUGCUCGUCGACAACCGCCGCAGCGGCCGCGCGCGACGAGGACGCGCCUCGACGCUUCUGUCUCGUGUGCGGCGACGUCGCGUCAGGCUUCCACUACGGCGUUGCCAGCUGUGAAGCCUGCAAGGCCUUCUUUAAGCGGACCAUACAGAUGUUAAAUUACCAGGGGAACAUAGACUACACGUGCCCGGCGUCCAACGAGUGCGAGAUCAACAAGCGGCGGCGCAAGGCGUGUCAGGCGUGUCGCUUUCGCAAGUGUCUCAGUACGGGGAUGUUGCGUGAGGGCGUGCGUCUCGACCGCGUGCGCGGCGGCCGGCAGAAGUACCGCCGCGCACCAGACCUGCCCCCGCCCAACAACAAGCCGCACAUCGACGAUAUCAAGAUCCUGGAGGCGCUGUCGUCGUACGAGCCGGAGUUGCUGAGCUGCGGCGCUGCGCCUGCAGGUGUGACAGACCCCGCGGCGCGCACGUUGGCCUUGCUGGCAGACCUGUACGACAGGGAGCUGGUCGGCGUCAUCGGCUGGGCAAAGCAGAUACCCGGCUUCACUGAACUCCAGCUCAAUGAUCAGAUGCGGCUGCUACAGAGCACGUGGGCGGAGAUGUUGAGCCUGAUGGUGGCGUAUAGAUCUCUGCCGGUGGCGGCCACUCCCGCGCCCUCCUCUCCCGCACCACUACGUCUGCGCUUCGCACACGAUCUCGCACUAGACGAGCACACCGCCAGAGAUAUUGGUGCACUUGACCUCUAUCUGCAGAUAAGUGGUGUGGCGCGGAGGCUGGAGCGGCUGGGGGCUCAGCGCGAGGAGUGCUACUUGCUGAAGGCGCUGGUGUUGGCCAACUCUGAGGCGCGUCUUGACGAGCACGCGGCGCAGAGACGUUUCCGUGACGCCAUACUUGCAGCACUCAAUGACGCUGUUAACGCACUCAGACCGUACAAUGCGAAUACAGCGCUGCAGCAGCUGUUGCUGUCGCUACCGGCGCUGCGGCACGCGGAUGUUGCAGUGCGUCGCUUCUGGACCUGCGUACACCGAGAUCGGCGCACGCAUAUGAACAAACUCUUCGUCGAAAUGCUCGAGGCCUGUCUGCGGUAGGCCGCUAGUACGACACCGCGGCUCAGCUUACACUGGUCUUUACACACUACCAAGUAGGUCUAAUUAUUGGGUGAUUAGAAAACCCUAAAUGACUAAGUUGUGAAUUGAUGCGCAGACGCAGGACGUAAUCGUCUCAGUGUAUGGACAAGUUUGAACAAGGUUGUGUUAUCGAUUUGUUCUACAAAUGCUUGCUCGAAACUUAUCAUUUUUUAUCUGCUACGGCAACUAGUGGAUUCGCCAUUUUUUUUAUACUUACCCGUAGCUUUUUAAUGUAAAAACGUUUCGCUUUGGGUUAAGCAUCGUUAUGGUAAUGGUGGCAUGCGGGGCCGCGACUUUU